UUUUACUUUGUAGUUUGUUGUUUAUGGAGCAUUUUUAUUUUGUGUGAUUUCGUGAGUGACGCUUUCUCGUUAAAUUAAAAUAAUCGCGUUCUAAUUUACUAUCAAGUUUAUGUUUAAAUAUUGUGUGGAUUUCGCUGAGGUUUUAAAUAAAAAGGAAGGAUCUAUUCAUAAACCAUGAGUAAUAUUGUAACGCGGAAAGGGCCCAUAGGGGACGAUAGUAAGAAGCACGCAGAUAGUCCUGUAAAAGAUAUGAAAAAGAAAAUGGCUGUUAAUGCUGAAAAAGAAAAACUGGCAGCUGAAAAAGAAAAACUGGCAGCCGAAAAAAGCGCAGAAAAGAAUACGAAAGCAGCAGAGAAAUCCAGCCAAAGUGACAAAGAGAAAGUUAGCAAAAAGGAUAAAAGUGUAGACAAAAUAGUGGACAAAGCAGACGCAAAAGAUAAAUCUACAGAUAAAAUUGUAGAGAAGAAAGAAAAACCUACAGAGAAACCUGUAGACAAAAAGGAUAAACCUACUGAGAAAAGUACCGAGAAAGUUGUAGAAAAGAAGACGGAUAAAGUAGAGAAGAAAGAGGAAUCAGCAGAAAAAACUGACAAGAAGGAGCCUGUUGAGAAGAAAGAAGCCCCGGUGGCUCAGGUUGAGAAAACGAAAGAAGAUGCUAAAGAGAAUGGAAAGUCGGAGACCCCAGACAAAAAGAAGGAUUCCAAAGCUAAACAGAACGGUGCACGAGUUAACGGGGAACCGGUUGAUGGUGUUAGUUCGGAGGAAGAAGAUGACCAGAUGUUCCCAGAACUGGCAUAUGAGGACUCUGAUAUCGAGUGCUUCGAACCUCCGACUCCUGAGGGACCCAGUCGAAGUUAUACUCGCAGAUCACAGGUGAAAACGAGUCGUACGCCUGAAACGCCGCGCCCCGCGUCCGUGAAACAAGGGGACAAGGAUUACGUGCCUGAAGAAUCAAAGGAGACGAAAUUGCUAAAACUCAAAGAUGACGUCUCUGAUCGUAAACUGCGUUCGUCGGAUUCUCCAAAAAGACAAGACAAAACAGAGAAGGCAGAGGCUAAACAAGACAAAAAUGACAGUGUGUGCGACAAGGAUGACAAGAAUGACAAUAAGAUUGAUGAAAAAAUUGAAAUCUCUAUCGAGGUGGAAAGUGAGGAAGGCGCGCGCAAGCCGGACACGAAUUACUCCAAGUCGCGCGUCAAGGUGUCGCCCUAUCGCCGUAGCAUGCGUCUCACCGCACCCGCUGACGUCACGCAGACUUCGCUGCUCGCCAACUAUACUGGUAACAACACAACGAUGGAAAUGGACAUAACAGAGCCGUCUCUGAUGAUUGAGGAGCCCUCGACAUCUGAGAGUCCGUACUUGAGUGGUCUACGCAACAUUCGCGGGAGGAGGUCGUACAAACCACUCAAGGAGAUGACUCUGAGGAACAUAGGUGUUAAUACCAGCAUCCGGUCUACUAGUAGUGCUUCAGUUUCAGAAACUCGUCCCACAGGUACUGUGGUAGGUCGUAAGAGGAAGCCGGACGCGGAAGAAGCGCAAGAGGCCCACGAGGCACGGGGCAAACGUGCCAGACUACUGGAACGUUUGGGAGGGUUCACUAGACCUUUCCGCUUUACGACGUCCGCUUCGGAAAGGCUUUGCGUUGAGAGUACCGCUGAGAUUGUUGGUAUAAACACGGAUCUGCCACUGUCAGCGCCGGUGAUAGCGGCCGAGACCUUCGAUCCUGAGUCCCUCAAACACUCCACUUCGCUCCCGGCUGCGCCUGCGCCUGCACAAGCGCACAGGGACAAACGAUGUGCUAUUAUGUAACAACUAUCGCCUGCGCAGGUUAAAAGGAGAUUGUUUAAUGAUUAAUGAUAAAAAAAUUGCCUUUAAUAUUAGUAAUAAUAUGGACUUUGGUAAAUCGGUUAUAAAUCGAAUUGAUUACAUUUUGACGGGUUUGAUUCUCGAAAUAUAUUUUCAAUAUUUUUUAUGUCUAAAGUGUCCCAUGUCCUACAUAUGAAAGCUUUGUAAUAAUAGUCUUAUGUCCGGGUUAUAUCCAAAAUGCAUUUACAUUACACUCAAAAAAAAAGUAAACCAGAAAUGUCGGUUCACAAACUAGCAACUCCUUUGGUUUAUCUGUACAUUCUUAACCUUACGUUA